GUUGUUCCAAGCUCAAAGCUUAGUUCAAAGUUAAAGUGUCUGGAGAAGUGCUUGGUUCAGGAAAACACGGAAUUUUCUCCAACUUUCUAUCAUCAUGACGUCCAUUCAAUCAUCGGAAUCAAGGUCGUCGGACAAAGACCUUAGUCCAGCCAUCAUAGUCACCCGAACUUCGGGUCGACAAAUGAUCCAGAAUUGGGCGUUAACCAACAAAAUUCGCGCUCUCAUGAGGGACCAGUCCCUGCACCGAAAGCUGCCCGGAACCAUCCUGGAUCUUCCCAAUGGUCACAAAGAUUUGGGCGUGAAUACGAAUGAGCUCUCAAAGGAUACUGAAAAUUUGGAUUCCUCUACAAUCCACCAAGCUUCCCAGAGAAUGAGUCAAGUGGAAAAAGAUCUCUCCGCACUUGAGCAGAAGGUUAUCCGUCAAAUGGAACACUACUUUGGAGACUACAAUUUACCACGUGAUCGUUUCAUGCGACAAGUAAUGGAAGAGCACGACGUCUCCGUAGGCUGGAUACCAAUGUCGGUCAUGAUGACCUUCAAGCGAUUGGCUGCCCUCUCUCAAGAUCCGUAUUUCAUCAUGCGAUCCACGGUGAAAUCUGAGAACGCCUUAAUCGAAGUGGAUUUUGACAACGAGCGGGUUCGCCGAAGUCCGCUCAACUCGUGCCCAUCGGAUCUUACCCACGAGCAAAAGGAGGAGAUCCAGGCCCGCACUAUACAUGUCCGUGGAUUCCCGAAGACUGCGUCCGUUGAUGAGCUCUUGAACUUCUUCGAAGUUGAGGCCAAAAAUGUGUGCAUGGUUCGAAGGAAGUUGGACCGAAAGCCGAUCGGAGAUGUCCGCGAAUGCGAGAACCAAGUGAAGGUCGAGGCAAAGUCUCCAAAUGACGAAGAUUCUCGAUUCUCGGGGUCGGUUUUCGUAACUUUUGGCACACGACACGCCGCCCAAGAUUUUUUGGCUCAAAAGGUCGACUUUCAAGGGAGAACGUUGAUCUCUAAAUGGGAAAAGGACUAUUACAGGAGAAGAACGCAAUUUAACGACACUUUUGAUGAAGAAACCAUCCAAAGGACCGUUUGGGUGGACGGGUUUGACAACCAGCUGUUGAGUGCGGAUGAUUUGGCUGAGUUUUUCUCCCAGUUCAAGGGAGCUGAGACCAUCAAGAAAAGAAAAAUUCGUGAAUGCCAAGAAGAAUCUUGGAAGUUUAUCGGGUCCGUUUUCGUCACCUUUGAGAAUCAAGAGAGUGCAAAGGCUUUCCUGGCUUUGUCAAACUUGAACUACAAAGGAGACAGCCUGAGAGCGAAAUUCAAGCUGGAUUUUUUCAAGGACCGGAAAAUCUUUCUGCGUCAAUUAAACGAAUAUUUGCUCAGUGCCGAUAACAACAACUUAUUCAAUGUGUGAAGGCGUAAUAUUCCUAUUUUCUUGUUCAUGUUUUUAACGAUUAGUAUUUUUCUCAGAAUAAAUGUCAGAAUAUGUUGCUCA